AUGCCGUUUAACAUAACAUCGAUCAAGACAUCCUCUAAUGGAGUGUGGCAAGGUGAUAAUCCUUUAGACUAUGCCUUCCCACUCCUCAUAGUUCAAAUCACCUUGGUCCUCAUAGUCACUCGCACCCUCGCUUUACUUCUCAAACCUCUCCGACAGCCAAAAGUUAUUGCCGAGAUUGUGGGUGGAGUUCUAUUGGGCCCAUCGGUACUGGGAAGAAACAAAAGUUAUUUGCAUCGUAUAUUCCCUUCAUGGAGCACGCCGACACUGGAAUCUGUAGCAAGCAUAGGUCUGCUUUUUUUCCUAUUCCUCGUAGGUUUGGAGCUCGAUCUCCAUUCCAUUCGCCGGAGCGGCCGAAGAGCCUUCAUCAUCGCCGCCGUGGGGAUCUCUGUUCCUUUCGUCAGCGGCAUCGGAGUCGCCGUCGUCCUCCGCAAAACCGUGGACGGCGCCGAUAACUCCGGCUUCGCGCAGUUCCUCGUCUUCAUGGGUGUGGCGCUUUCCAUCACCGCAUUCCCGGUGCUGGCGCGCAUCCUGGCGGAGCUGAAGCUCCUCACCACGAGCGUGGGGGAAACCGCGAUGGCCGCAGCGGCGUUCAACGACGUGGCCGCGUGGAUUCUACUGGCGCUGGCAGUGGCCCUGGCCGGGGACGGCAACGGGUCCCACAAGAGUCCUCUGGUGUCGUUGUGGGUUCUCCUCUCGGGGCUGGCGUUCGUGGUUUUCAUGAUGGUGGUUGUGCGACGGGCGAUGCAGGUGGUCGCGAAGAGGGGCGAAAACGACGCCGUUGGGGAGGUUUACGUUUGUUUGACGCUGGCGGGGGUGUUGGUGUCGGGGUUCAUGACGGACCUGAUCGGGAUUCACUCGAUAUUCGGGGCGUUCGUGUUCGGGUUAACUCUUCCGAAAGAGGGAAACUUUGCGAAGAAGCUAACAGAGAGGAUCGAGGAUUUUGUUUUGGGUUUGUUGCUCCCACUCUACUUUGCCUCUAGUGGGUUGAAAACCGACGUAACUAGCAUACGUGGCGCUUCCGCGUGGGGGCUGCUGGUUCUGGUCAUAACCACCGCUUGUGCUGGGAAAAUUCUUGGCACCUUCGUGGUCGCCAUGUUCUGCAUGAUUCCCGCUAGGGAAUCGCUCACGCUUGGCGUCCUCAUGAACACUAAAGGCCUCGUUGAACUCAUCGUACUCAACAUUGGAAAGGAGAAAAAGGUUUUGAAUGAUGAAAUGUUUGCAAUUUUAGUACUUAUGGCUCUAUUCACUACCUUCAUCACAACACCAAUAGUGAUGGCCAUCUACAAACCAGCUCGAGUGAAGUCAACGAAAACCCGGCGGAAGUUAGGUGACAUUUCCGUGGGUUCUAGGGAUGACACGGUUGACAAGUUCAGAGUCUUGGCCUGUCUCCAUGGUCCAGCCAAUAUCCCUUCAAUCAUAAAUUUGAUUGAAUCAACUCGAAGCACAAAGAACUCAUUAAUAAAGUUGUUCAUGAUGCAUCUUGUUGAGCUCACAGAGCGCUCAUCCUCUAUCAUCAUGGUUCAUCGUGCUCGUAGGAAUGGUUUCCCUUUCUUCAACCGCUCCCAUCGUGACGAGUGCCAUGACAGACUUGCAGGAGCUUUUCAAGCCUACAGUCAGCUAGGCCAAGUCAAUGUUCGAUCCACAACCACGGUGUCUUCUCUCUCCACCAUGCAUGAGGACAUCUGCCACGUUGCAAAGGAGAAAAUGGUGACCAUGAUUAUUUUGCCCUUUCACAAACAGUGGAGGACAGAAGUGAACGAGAAUAACGAGAGAUAUCAGGUGUUGGAAAAUGCAAGCCACGAGUGGAGAGUGGUGAACCAAAAGGUACUUAACAAUGCACCUUGCUCGGUGGUCGUGCUUGUGGAUCGUGGAUAUGGUAAUUUGCCUCAAACUUCAAGCUCAAGUUCCAUUGUGUCCCAACGAGUGUGCAUCAUCUUCUUCGGUGGCCCGGAUGAUCGUGAGGCUCUAGAGUUGGGGAAGAAGAUGCUUGAACACCCAACAGUUAAAGUAAGUAUUGUAAGGUUUAUUGAAAAGAAUGGGUUGGACAAGAAUAACGUUGUGUUAAGCUUCUCACCUCACAAAAACAAUCACGAUAGUUACAGCUUCUCCACUGCUAAAAUGAACCCCCAGAGAGAAAAGGAGUUGGAUGAGAUGUCAAUCAAAGAGUUUCAAAGCAAGUUGAAUGACAUGGUCGAAUACAUUGAGAAGUUUUGCGAAAACAUUGUGGAAGACGUAUUAGUAAUAGGAAAAAGUGGGGAUUAUGAUCUCAUAAUUGUUGGAAAGGGUCGAUUCCCAUCAAAUAUGGUGGCUGGAUUGGCAGAAAGGAAACCAGAGCAUGCUGAGUUAGGUCCUAUUGGAGAUGUUUUAACUUCAUCAGAACACCAAGUGUUCUCAUCAAUAUUGGUUAUUCAACAACAUGACGUGACAUUGGUAGAUGAUGCUCCUGUAUGCAUGGUGCAUGAUGAGAAUGACAUGGUCAACACAAGUGCUUCUUCAUCUCGUGUAGGAGGAAUUUCAAUAGGCAGUGACAAUGCAGUGUAA